GCUCACACCUGCCCAUUCAUUUACUUUUGUACCCUGCCCCUGUUCACCCAGCACUUGUUACCUGCUCGAGGAGAGAUCGGAGAGCUCGCAUCAGGCGCUACUCCGAUGUGAUGACACUGCCGGACUCUUUCAUCCAACGCCAGCAGCUUGACGCCAGUAUGGCUGACACCUUCCUGGAGCAUCUCUGUCUCCUGGACAUCAACCAGGAGCCAAUCACAGCGCGCAACACCAGCAUAAUCUGCACCAUCGGUCCGGCAUCUCGAUCGAUCCCCAAACUUCAGGAGAUGGUCAAGGCUGGAAUGAAUAUCGCUCGUCUUAACUUCUCUCAUGGAUCACAUGAAUAUCACUGUGAAACCAUCAAGAACAUCAGAGAGGCGGUGGAGACGAUAACCUCUGACCCGUUGUACUAUCGACCGGUUGCCAUCGCUUUGGAUACGAAGGGCCCAGAGAUCCGCACCGGAUUAGUUAAAGGGAAAGUGGAAGAAGAGGUGGAGCUGGUGAAGGGCAACAAUGUGCGCGUGGUGACAGCAGAGAGUGACAAAGACAAGACAGAUGGAAAGAUAAUCUGGGUGGACUAUUCCAACCUGCCCAAAGUUCUCAAGAAGGAUGGAAAGAUCUACAUUGAUGAUGGCCUCAUUGGACUCCGAGUAUUAGAUAUAGGUUCGGACUGGGUGGACACGGUGGUGGAAUCAGGCGGGAUGCUCUGCAGUCGUAAAGGCGUAAACCUUCCCGGCUGCGACCUAAUCGGCAUGCAGUCGGUCAGCCCGCGGGACGAGGCUGACCUGAGGUUCGGCGUGGCUCAGGGUGUUGAUAUGGUGUUCGCCAGCUUCAUCCGUUCAGCCCAGGAUGUCAAGGAUGUGCGUCGCGCUCUUGGGGCGCAUGGUCGAGAUAUUAAAGUGAUCAGCAAGGUGGAAAGCCGGCAAGGAGUUCAAAAUUUUGAGGAAAUCCUGGCUGAGAGCGAUGGCGUGAUGGUUGCCAGAGGCGACCUGGGGAUCGAGAUCCCUGCGGAGAAAGUCUUCAUUGCCCAGAAGAUGAUGAUUGGGAGAUGCAACUCUGCUGGGAAGCCUGUCAUCUGUGCCACACAGAUGCUUGAGAGCAUGGUGACCCACCGACGGCCAACUAGAGCAGAGGGCAGUGACGUUGCCAAUGCUGUGCUGGAUGGAGCUGACUGUGUAAUGCUAUCUGGAGAAACCGCCAAGGGACUGUUUCCUGUGGAGUCAGUUGCAAUGAUGCAUUCGAUCUGUAGGGAGGCAGAAGCAGCCAUUUUCCACCAGCAGCUUUUUGAGGAGUUGCGCCGCCUCACUCCUCUCUCCUCUGACCCCACGGAGGUCACGGCGAUCGGAGCAGUGGAGUCUUCAUUCAAAUGCUGUGCCGGGGCGAUUAUAGUCCUCACGACCACUGGCAGGUCGGCUCAUCUCCUGUCCAGGUACCGCCCUCGCUGUCCGAUCAUUGCCGUCACCAGGAGCCCACAGGUCACCCGUCAGUCUCAGUUGUUACGAGGCGUGUUUCCUGCCCUCUUCCACCCUCUGCCCGCUCCUGUGUGGGCUGACGAUGUGGACAACAGGGUCAACUUUGGCAUGGAAAUUGGGAAAACAAGAGGGUUCUUCAAGUCCGGCGACAUGGUGAUUGUGAUGACAGGCUGGAUCCCAGGGUCUGGUCACACCAACAUUAUGAGGGCAGUGAAUGUCCCGUAACAACAUGACCUCACUGGACUCUAAAUCUAACAGAGUUGCUGGAGGUUCAUUAAGAGAGCCUUUAAAAUCUUUUAAUGCACCAAAAAGCCAAAGAACCACCCCUAAAAUCGAAGCAAUAACCUCUGUCGAAAGCAGCAGAAACACUCUACUUAAAAUUUGAGGUUAUUAUGCGGAAACACCUGGUCUAAUAACCGCUCAUAUGAAUGUACCCAUGACUCCCUUCAAAUAAAACUUGACUUUAACUUUAA